AUGAGGUGCUUUCAGGUUUUUGAUGGUUUCAAGGGUGGGGAGAAGGGCCGCGGCGCGCUGCGCGGGGCGGCGCGGCGCCGCCUCCCGGCGCUCGCAGCCGGCGGGCGCGGCCGCGGGAGUGAAGGUCGGCGGCGGGGGCGGGCGCGGCCGCGGGCGCCGCUCGGCACCUGCCGGCGGCGGAGCGCGGAGCGGGCCGCGGCCAUGGCGCGCUGCGCCGCCGCGCUGCUGCCGCCGCUGCUGCUGCUGCUGCUGCUGCUGGCGGCCCUGCCGCGCCGCGCCGCCGCCGGCUGCGCCGCCCGCCGCCUCUGCUGCCCGGGCCGCGACCUGCGCUGCCUCAGCGCCGGCUGGCGGCCCGACGGCUCCCACGGCCCCUGCUACUGCGACCAGGCGUGCGCCCACACCCUCGACUGCUGCCACGACUACGCGCAGGCCUGCCCGGUUGUCUCCUGUGUCGUGUCGCAGUGGAGUGUGUGGAGCGGCUGCGCAGAGCCUUGCAAGACAACGUAUCGUGUUCGGAGGCGGCACGUUGUUCAGGAGCCCCGGAACGGCGGAGAGCCAUGCCCUCCUCUGGAGGAGAGGGCUGGCUGCGUGGAGUACUGGAGUCAGCAAGGAGCCGAGUGCAAACAGUCCUUGAUCCCAGCAUUAAUAACAACAGGAGGGUUUGGAAAAGCAAGGAAAAAAAGAGCUGCAGCUGAUGGCAACGGAAGAGCAGGGUACUGUGUUGAAUUCCAGCUCGUGGCUAUCACGCAGGGCUGUCUGCACAGUCACCACUCGUACACCCACUGGAUGCGGUACCUCCGGGAGGGCCACACCGUGUGUGUGGAGUGUCAGCACCCAGCGCUGGAUUCCAGGAGUCUGCAUUGCUAUGGGGACGGCAGCGGGAGCAAAAAGAAUCAGCUGCUGCACUGGCAAGCUGUGGGGAACCCUCAGUGCAGGGGAACCUGGAAGAGAAUUCGCCAGCUGGACACUUGCUCCUGUCCCUCUGUUCACAGUUUCUUGUUCAUCUGAAUUCUCCUAAUGGUCCCAGCACAAGAGCGGGGUGACAGCUUGUCUGGUGCAAACAUGCAGUAGUAGUAGUAGUAACCACAACCAAAUCAAUGACUUCUCAGGGUCAAAGGCUGUACUGUUUGCUUCCAAGAGGUUGCUGUCUGCCCUGGGGAGUUUUGAAUCCUGUGUGUCAUGCAUCGUCCUCAAUUUUCAAAGAAAUUAGCUUUGAAGCAUUCAUCUUUUUCUCUCAGCAGAUCCAGCCUUGCUGCCUCUUCUGCCUGGGAGAGGCCGUUCUGACCCUGAUGACUUCUUUCAAAUUCCCCUUACCUUGAAAGGAGUAGGAUUCACCAAAUAAGAAAGCACACAGAAGAAAGCCAAUAUAAACCCAUGAUUAAUUAUUAUUUGCCAAAGUCUCACUGCAUAAUCAUAAAUGCAAAAUGAAUUAACUCAAGUGCCUCCAUUGCAUGGCAAUAGCACUACUUUGUGACUGCUUCUUGCUUGUAUUUAUAUAUCUUUUCCUUGUGUUUUUACCCUGCCCGGUCUCAUCCAUUUCAUAUUGGUCCUCAGUCUUACAGAUAAUACUGCCCUGCUGAGGAAAUGAGCCAGUUCAAAUCUGAGAACAGAAGGUACCAGGGAUAGCUAUGUCCUUGGACUUCAGGUUUCAAGGAACAUCUCCGGGUUUCCUCAAAGUGCCUUGCAGUCUUGGGGCUCUAAAUAUCAAGUCAACCUGUCUGCACCAGGAGGGACUAACUGUAGUUUUGUAUUUUCUACUGGAAAAUAUUUGGAAUAUUUUCUUUAUAUUCUGAUUUAUAUUCACGUUUUUCUAUAAUGGAAAAUAAAAGAGAGUAGAGAUGUA